AUGGCUGGAAGAGCUAGCCAGUCACACAAAGACAGUUUCCAUGUGGGACAUUACACCGCCUGCUCCGACUCUGUUGCCGACGCAAAGGAUGCCUUUGCCAGGAAUGUGGCCAGGAUGACUCAGCAGCUACUGCGGUAUCGGGAGCACGACUGGCGGCCGGUUCAGUACAGGGAUGCCUUGGCAGCAACAGCACCUGCUCGCCUCGAAGAGCGCGAAGAGCCGGACGAGCCCAAACCACGAUCUCGCAUGCUUGUGAGGAGGCCUGGCAGCUUGAGUGCUGAAGAGCGGAAGGUCGUGGCAAGCACGCCAGACCCUCCCGGGAUGAGUGGUGCCGAACUGCUGCAAGCGCUGUUGAAGGAGUGCACACUGGGCAAACAGCAACUGUGCGGUGCGGGCAGCCCAGCUCCAAGCCACAGCAGCUCUUCGUCCCGGCUGCCCGAACAAGAGCCAGUUUCGAGGGAGAGACACACGGAGUCCAAGAAGGAGCUGGAGCUCCAGACCGAGCUGAACGAGAGCCGACGGGCCUUGGAGAAGAUGGCGCUGAUGCUGCACGACCGGGAGGAGCAGCUCCGGCUUGCGGAAAAACGCCCGGCGGUCCAAGCCCAAGCCACGCAAGCCACGCAAGCCUCGCAAGCUAUCCAAGCUGCAGCCGGCUCCCCGCCUCCGAAGAUGAGCCCACGGAUGGCAGCCAAGGAGAGCAUCGAGCAGAUCGAGCAGUGCGUCCGAGAGCGGGCGAAGUGCGAGGUCCUGCGGGCCGAGCUGGCGGAGCGGGACGUCGAAAUCCAGCGCCUCCGCGCUUCCGAGCGGGCGACAGAACAGCGAGCCGCCGAAGAGCUGCACUGUGCUCGCCUCGAGCUUGCAGAGACGCGGCGCCAGCAGGAGAGCUGGCUGAAAGCCUGGGAGAUCCUGGGUCUGGAAAUCCAUGAGGCAGAGCUGCUUCGCCAGCGGCCCCGUCCUCUGCUGGAGCUGCUCGGGCUCCCUCCGAAAGCCACGCCCGAGGCCAAGCGCGAGCGCCUGGCCGAGGCCGUGGCCACCCUGAAACUACUGGUGGAGGAGUUGACGGCUGCAGAAGCUCCAGAAAGGGAGGCAUGUUUCGAGGCCUUUUCAGGUAUGCCUCCCAUCCCAGAGGAGGACUCUCAGGGUUCUAUGAGCCCAUGCAGUCCAGACAAAGGCACAAUGUUGCCUUAG